ACCCUCCGCAGCCUGAUAAAUGGCCUGCCCAACUUAGACUGGCUCCGCGUACAACUCCAACCACCCAAAAUGACAGUGUCUGUCGAUGCCGCACCACCACAACACAAGGCCAGCCGGCCACGAUGGAUCCUCCAUAUUCAAGCCCAGUUCUGGCGCGUGCUGAUGGGCAUCGGCAUGGUGCUCCAUCGUCUUGCUCGCCCAUGGCCCCCUAGACCCGCCUUCCACAGAGACAUUGACGCCACCGUGUCGCCAAUCAAGGGCAGGUUCCGCCUCCAUUUCUACACACCCAAGGACUAUAAAAUGCAGAAAAAACUCAAGAGCGCCAAGAAAUAUCCCGUUGUUAUCAAUUUCCACGGUGGCGGCUUUGUUCUCGGCACCGCCCAUGACGAUGCGCGCUGGUGUGGCGCCGUUGUUGAUCAAGUGGGAGCCGUUGUGGUCAGCGUCGACUAUCGUCUUGCACCCGAAAACCCAUUCCCUACUGCUGUAGAGGAUGGUGCUGAUGCGCUGCUUUGGCUGGCCCAGCACGCAGGUGAGCUGAUGCUCGACGCGGAUCGCUUCGCCAUCUCUGGCUUCUCAUCCGGCGGCAACAUGAGCUUCACAGUCCCUCUAUGUCUACAAGGCGAACUCUUCGAUCAAACCCCAUGGGGUGCAAAGAUUAUCGACCAACGAGCGGGCAACGUGCCCAACGGCGUCGUCCACGCACCCCAAGCAUCUUCCCAGACCCUCACCCCACAAGGCUCGCGCAUCCACCUCAUCCGCCAGCAAUCACGCCUCGAUCGGAUUGCUAUGCUCCGCCAGACGGGCGCCUCGUCCUUGUCCCUCGUUACCUCGUACAAAGACAAAUCUGGAGUGUCAGUGAUGACUGAAGGAACCAAUGCCGUUCUCAAGAUUAGAGGAAUAGUCUCUUUCUAUCCCCCAACCGACUACACACAGACGCGCGCACAGCGCAGGGAGACCUGCCCGAGGGUAGACCAGAAUCUACCUGCCGUCUUCACUGACCUCUUCGACGACUCCUAUCUCCAACCGCCCUCCCUUGACCUCUCGCACCCGUGGUUGAGCCCCGGUGUAGCACCAAACCACAUGCUCGAAGCUUUGCCCGAUGACAUUGUACUCUUCUGUUGUGAAUGGGAUAUGCUUCAUGCUGAAGGCCAACGGUUCCGCGACCGUCUUCAAAAGGAUCUCGGCAAGCGCGUCCACUAUCACUGUGUACCGGGAGUGCCGCAUGCCUGGGAUAAGGCGCCGAACCCUCUUAAAGAAAGCGCUAGCGCAAAGCAGCAGUACUCGAUUGCUUGUCAAGAACUCAAGCGCAUGUUCGACAUGGAAGAGGAAUUUGAAGAGACCCCGUCACAUUCAUUCGACAGUAUGUCGUUGCACAAGUAUCAUACAAACAUGCAUGCGGGUAGACUCAGGCAGCAGGCCCACGAGCAUGUAUAGCCCUCUUGGUCUUCUCCACAUUAUUGGUUGCAUGCUAGUUCGGGUUUCAUGUUUUUUUCCCGUCUCUGUUUUCUUCUCAGCUGCGCAAGGAUCAUGUGACUAGGCGUUCUUGAGACGGUUAUGGGUGCUGUUUGUUCUCUCAUGAGAUUCAUGUAUUCUAUUCGUUUUCUGGGAAAACGAACAUUUUUGAGAUUAUGUAGUUACUCGUUGCUCCUUCCAAGCAAGUGUGUUAUGUUGGUUUGAGUGUGUCCAUCCCACUCCUUCCUACGCCUUCGCUCG